AUGAAUUUAUCUCGUGUCAUCAUCACUAUACUGUGCGUAUUAAGUAUUUUGCAUACAAGCAAGGCGGAGAACGAUACUGAUUCGCUAUUUACCAGAGUCUCAGAAGCGACUUUAUCUGAAGAUGGAAAGCUUGAUUUUCCACAGUUGGCGACCAAAUACGGCCUGUCCGUCGAACAAUAUGACGUGACCACUGAAGAUGGCUACAUCCUUACGAUCUUCUACGUCGCAAAAGAUUUCAAUGCCACUAACACGCCUAUCUUGCUGUUCCAUGGUAUAAUUGACUCAUGCUACACGUAUAUGCUUAGAGGAAAUACCUCAUGGGUUUACACUUUGGCUGAGGCAGGCUACGGAGUUUGGGUCGGUAAUAACAGAGGGAACUUAUACGGCCGAAGACAUGUCACUCUGAAUCCGGGCAAAGAUGACAAAUUCUGGGAUUACAGCUUGCAUGAAAUUGGCUACUAUGACCUCGCUGCUACAAUAGAUUUCAUUCGCAAUAAAACAAAUUCUGCCAGCAUUUUAACCAUCGGCCAUUCUCAGGGAACUUCAGCGCAUUUUGUGCUCACUUCAAUGAGACCAGAGUACAAUGACAGAAUAAAAUUAUUUGUCGCCUUAGCACCUAUAGCUUAUCUGAACAAUUUGGAGCCACCAGUAUCCAUCGCAGCAGCAGCGGGACCAGCUAUUGCGGCGUUAUUAAAAACGCUGAACAUCAAUGAAUUACUGGAAAAUCAUAGCGCAGCGUCAAACCUUGUAACUCUACUAUGUAGCAAAGGCGUAGUCAGUUAUGUUGCAUGUGGUUUUGGUACGCUCUUCCCGUUGGCGGGCUUUGAUCCAGCAGGGCUUGAAGAAGAGUUUUUAACUGGGGUUGUUUUCGGUCAUUAUCCUAGCGCAACGUCAAGGAAAAGCUUGGUACAUUAUGAUCAAAUUGUUUUGAGACGUGAAUUCGCUCAGUACGACUACGGAACUAUCCGAAAUUUGGCUAAGUAUGGAAGUGAAAGUCCACCAGCCUAUAACCUGACAGCUGUGACUGUCAACGUUGCCUUGUUCGUGGGUAGCUCUGAUGGUGUGUCUAAGCUAAAGGACACGGAACACUUGAAUAAUAUACUCCCUAACGUGUUGCAAUAUAAGGUGAUGGAGCUCAAACGGUGGAAUCAUGUAGACUUCGUGUGGGGAAAAGAUAUCAUGUCUGAAUAUCUUUACCCACCCGUUUUAGAACUCUUAGAAAAAUAUAGGAACUGA